UCCGUGAGAGUUUGUAACCUCUCGCGGAUUCUCGCGAUACCACGAGGCGGAAGGCAUCGGUCGAAUCCCCCCGCUACUCUGGAGCCGAUUACGUGCAGCGAGCAGCGACAGUUUCGAGAGGAGAGCCGUUUGUUUUCAUCACGGGACACACGCUGCUACUCGUUGUCCUCCGUUUUUUCCUUGGCACUCUCCGGUGUUGGGACCGGGCGCUUCCAUGCGGUGCAGCCUUCGGCGUGAACACUUCCAACUGGCGGAUCGCAUCAGUUGGCCCGGAGGGUCAUCGUCCGCGACGACACCCUCUGCCCCGCGAGCGCCAACUGUUUGAAGGGAGAAUUACAAAAAAAAAGAAAGAAAGAAAGAAAGAAAGAAAAUGACCGGAGAGAAGAUCCGCUCCCUGCGCAAGGACCACAGGCCGAGCAAGGACGAGGACCUGCUGGAGCCGGACGAGGAGGCUGCGACCGGGACCUUCAGCGCCUCCAGGGCGAGCGGCAGGAGCAGGGCGAGUAAGAUCUUCAGCAAUCACAAGUUGAUCAAGUCGUCGUCCACCACGCAGCAGCAGCAGCAGCAGCAGACGACGACCAACGCCAACACCAACACGCUGUCAACGUCGGACGUGAUCGAUGACAACAACAAGAACCCCAUCAUAAUCCCAACCGGACAGGACUUCCCGGUGCACGAAUGCGUGUUCAGAGGAGACGUGCGACGCCUGUCUUCGCUCAUACGGACGCAGAAUAUCGCCCAGAAGGACGUUCACGGAAACACGCCGCUGCAUCUCGCUGUCAUGAUGGGGCACAAAGAGUGUGCCCACCUGCUGCUGGCCCACAAUGCACCAGUGAAGGUGAAGAACGCUCAGGGAUGGAGCCCCCUCGCAGAGGCCAUUAGCUAUGGAGACCGACAGAUGAUCACAGCGUUGCUGAGGAAACUGAAGCAACAGUCCAGAGAGAGUGUGGAGGACAAGAGGCCCAAGCUGCUGAAAGCCUUGAAAGAGCUUGGAGACUUUUACUUGGAGCUUCACUGGGACUUCCAGAGUUGGGUGCCUUUGCUCUCCAGAAUCCUGCCUUCAGACGCGUGUAAGAUCUACAAGCAGGGCCUCAACAUCAGAUUGGACACCACCCUGAUAGACUUCACGGACAUGAAGUGCCAGCGCGGUGACCUCAGCUUCAUCUUCAAUGGCAAUGCCGUCCCCGCCGAGUCUUUUGUCGUGCUGGACAACGAACAGAAAGUCUACCAGCGGAUACACCACGAGGAGUCGGAGAUGGAGACGGAGGAGGAAGUGGACAUCCUGAUGAGCAGCGACGUUUACUCGGCCACGCUCUCCACCAAGUCCAUCACUUUCUCACGGGCGCAGACUGGCUGGCUGUUCAGGGAAGACAAGACGGAACGCGUGGGAAAUUUCCUGGCAGAUUUCUACUCCGUGAACGGCCUGGUGCUCGAGUCGAGGAAGAGGCGGGAGCAUCUGAGCGAGGAGGACAUCUUGAGGAACAAAGCCAUCAUGGAGAGCCUGAGUAAAGGAGGGAACCUCAUAGAGCAGAACUUUGAGCAUAACCACCAAUCCAGCCCUGAAACUGUCCUGUCCCGCUGGAACCUUGGGCCGGCGAGGAGACAAUCUCUAACUGCCCCAUCGCCCAACACGAUAUCCUGGGAAGAAUACAUCACUGCUGACAAUGGAAAAGCGCCUCACCUAGGACGAGAGCUGAUCUGCAAAGAGAGCAAGAAAAACUUCAAAGCCACCAUAGCCAUGAGUCAAGACUUCCCUCUGGGCAUUGAAUCGCUAUUAAAUGUUCUGGAGGUGAUCGCACCCUUCAAGCACUUUAAUAAACUCAGGGAGUUUGUGCAGAUGAAGCUCCCCCCCGGUUUUCCUGUCAAACUCGACAUCCCUGUCUUUCCCACCAUCACAGCCACGGUGACGUUCCAGGAGUUUCGCUACGACGAGUUUGAUGAGUCCAUUUUUACCAUUCCCAACGAUUACAAAGAAGACCCCAGUCGCUUCCCCGAUCUUUAACACCCCGAGCUGGAACAGGAAGCAAAUCUACAAUGAGGCAACAUUAUGCUACAAAACAUACUUUUUUUUAAAUACAAAAGGAAAAACGGAGGGAAAUAACAACAACUUCUUGACAGUUUAUAGAUUCCACCGGACAUCCAGACUCUUGAGUACAAACUGCAACAGAACCUGGUCAGACCUGACGGACACGCCCCGUGUGGCAGAGACGUCGACUUCUGAUGAGCGUGAAAGUCUCAUCGGUCAGAGGGCAUUGAAUUAAAAAUGAGUGACGGCAGAGCAGGUGAGGUGUUUCUGAACACGGGCUGCGAGUAGAAGACAACGGGGUUCAGUCGAUGCCAUGCAGUUUAAUAUGUUAAAGUGGGACCGUGUUGAACUGACCCGUAGUGAAGCACUGAUGUUACUGUGACAGAUGUUUGGGAGGAAUUCCACAUAAAAAAUAAGAUUUUUAGGUUCUUUUCCUACUGAAAACUUCUAAUAAAAAAGGGUCAUUUUUAGCUUUGUGAUAUUAGAUACACAACACAUUGACUGUAUAUAGUGUAAUCUGCACACCUCUCAGUCAGGUGUGAAGGGAAUAAGUCACAACUCUUUUUUACAUUAUCAAAUGUGGAAAUGUUCAAAACAUUCACAAUUCUGUUUAAGUCCAGCUGUUACUUUUGUACGUUUCAAAAUUAAGUCUUUUUUUGUAGAAUUCCACUUGAACUCUGCACAUUAGAAUUGUGUGUGUGUGUGUGUGUGUGUGUGUGUGUGUGUGUGUGUGUGUGUGUGUGUGUGUGUGUGUGUGUGUGUGUGUGUGUGUGUGUGUGUGUGUGUGUGUGUGUGUGUGUGUGUGUGUGUGUGUGUGUGUGUGUGUGUGUGUGUGUGUGUGUGUGUGUGUGUGUUAGUUACUGACUGACUUUCUGGACACUAGAUCCACUACAGCGACUGUACAUCCAGUUCAUUUUGUGAUACUAUCGAGGCAAUGCUAGAAAAUGCUGCAGAUUUUUAUGGUACCACCGAGUUUUCUCUUGUUCGUCCGAGUGAGUGGUGUCGACUGUAAGUUAUGAUUUCCAAGCCUUUUUUUUUUUACUUAACCUUUUGUAAACUAUAACAAACUGUACAAUCGAAUAUUGUUCAGUUGUUAGAUGUUAGAGGGGAUGAAUGAGUAAAAAAAUUCAGGCCAUUUUUACACAACAACAACCAGGCUUUUCCCCUGCACAAGAAGUAAAUACACGUUUUAUGACUUAUGCUUUUGUCUUUUAUGUUUUCUUAUUAUUAUCCACGCGGAUGACUUUUUCCUCCACAAGUGGAAGAGUUGUGGAAUUUUGUUAUGUAUUGUCACGCAGGUUAAUUUGAGUCAUUGGUUUGUAACAUGGUGGCAGUCACUAUUUUUGUACAGACUUGUUUUAAAGAAAAAGGUAAAUCUAAAUUCCUCGUCAUCUUUUCCCACUCGUUUUUAUCGGAUAAACUUUAUGAACCUCCUUCAGAUGUGUGGAAGCAACAACAAUCACUUCCACCAUGUGAAAAGCACAAAGCAACGCGGUUCUGAGGAAAAGUGAUUCUGUAAAAGGCCGGGAGGCGUUCAGUCCUCAAAGGUGCUGCUGUGGUUCAUGAGCUCUAAAUGAAGUGGGAACAAACUGGUGUUUUCUGGAGGAUGUUGUUGUUCAGCGUCCUCAUCGUUGGAACAACAUGCUUAUUUAUAUCAGUACAGCAAAAACUGUUGUAAAGGUAUGCAACACUAUUUUCAUAUAAAAUGUCCUAAAAUAAAAAAAAAUCCACAUAUCCAACUGAA